GCGGAGCCAAACCGGCCUACUCACCAGUGCGGCUCUCCCGGGAGGAGCCGGAGGAGCAGCCGGGGUAGUCGGCGGUGGCGGAGGAACUCGCGCACAUCCUGCUUCGCGCGGUGAAGUGAAGGAGCCUGACGCCGCCGAUGGGGGACAGGUGCGAGAGGGAGACCGGCGCCCUCGCGGCGCGUUACCGCCGCUGCCGAGUCGGAACCACCAGCCACCCACCGCCACCCCGGUGAGGUCCCGUGAGCCUCCCCCUCGCUUCCUGCUAAGUUCCUCUCUAGACUGCGCGCCCAGACGCGUUCUCGCGAGGAUCGCUGCAGCUUGUUUGGUUCGAGCAUGGCUUAGCAGGCUAUUAUUGAGGCGCACGGCGAUAGAAGACAGGAUUGUCGUCACGAUUUUCAGCCAAUUUGCUUUAGGAGGAAUUUAGGAUUUCCUCAUUUUUGCAAGAAAAAGCGAUCCAUACCCAUCCAAAAGAAAACUAAACUGCAGAAGCAUCUCUUGUACAUGUUGCAACAUAGCUGUCCUGAGUGCUAGUGGACUUGGGUCCUAAGACUAAUUUAAGCCGCUUUCUUAGAUCCCUGGUGGCAAAUUCUAUUGUAGAUCCGGGUGAGAAGUGGGAGUGCCAUUUUGAGGCCUAGAUGUCCGAAUUGACUAGUUGUUUGCAACCUUCAGCGGUUAGUGCCAUCUAGUUAAUUGUUAUGUCAAUAAACUUUAGUAAUAAUGCAUGCAUUUCCACCAACCACUAGCAGCAUAAAGGCAACCUAUCUAUCGGAUUUACUCCCCAAAGAAAAAAAAUCUAUCGGAUAAGAUCGGAUCCCUCGAUCGACCAGAUGUUAUGUCACAUUCGCCUUUACCUUGAUUCAUCAUGUUUUUAUCAGUCGUUGGAUGAUCCAAUCAACAAAGGCAUCCAAUCUCUUGAUAUGCAUCAUUAGUUAGACCACCUUGAUCUUUGCAGCUAAUGUAGGUCCCAGGUUUAUGAAAGAUAAGCUAGGUAGAUUUGGUAUAUUGUUCUUCGAUGAACACUUUGCUGAAAUUUAUAAAGUGAUGUUCAAAUUGUUGUAUUUUUACAAUAAUUAUGGCAAAAAAUUCAUUAUACAAAUGUUGUGAAAUUGCUCAGAUAGUAGGCCUGUAUGAGUUAUACCAUAGAUGUGUCUUUCAAUCAGCUCUCUCCUUCUCCCUACCUGUGUGUGCCUUAUCCGCAGUGAUGAACUUGUGGACUAGAGUUAACAUAAAGUGAUAGCACUAUAUUUUACUUGUGUGUGUGAGUCACACACGAAUAUCCAAAUGAACCCUUUUCUAGAAGUGUGGAUAUGCGCUAUGAAUUCACCCAAUCUAUAUAUAAAGUGCUGUUCUAGUAAUUGCUACAGAUUGGAUAAAGAUGCUAUGAAUGCACCCAAUCAAUAUACAUGUUUAUCUAAUCUGUUAUGUCUUAUCUUCAGGGUCUUCUUGAGUAAAGUAUUAGAUUAAAGAAUGCCUUUACUAGAGAAACAAUUUGCGUAUGCAACUAUGAGUUUUUCUUAUUCUGGAUCUACCAUCAAAUGUUGCCUUGGUUUGCACUUUAAUGUUUCAACAGACUCUUGGCUUUCUGUAUGGUAUCUGGUGGCUAGCUUACUGGAGGUGGCAGCAGCAAUGCUAAACGUAUUUCUUGAUGGCUUGACCUUGGACAGGCAUACAUCAGAAAGUGACAAGUGAGAGUGUGCUCUUGCUGACCUUUUGUGUUCCAUACAGUCAAAAGUCUUUUAUACAUGUUAAUAUGGACAUAAAGACACAGUGUUUUAGAAAACGUCUGUAGUAUGAGAUACCCAACAUUUAUGGCUUUAUCAUCUGCAUUAUAUAAUGCAAUUUUGCAACUGACGAUGCUUUUCCUUUAGCUUUAUUCCCAUCUUGUUGUGAGAUAGAUCUGUGUGAAUUUAUUGAUGCCCGCUCUUCCCUUCUUCUCUCUAUUACCAACUUAUCCUAUCUUCUCUAUGAUUUAGGAGUUGUGUCUAUAGCAAGGAUAGCAUGUUAAUUUUCUCUAUCAUUUAUAGCAAGGAUACCAUGGUAAUUUUCUCUUGUUGUUCACCUUGUUAAUCCUUGUGGCCAUGUUAGGCAAGAAUGCAGUGCAGGCAAGACAGAAACGGCCAACAUACAUUCAUGUAAUUGCGCAUGUGGAUUUUUAUUAAGCUUUUAUAUGAAUGAACACGGAUCAGUACACAUACCUUUUGUUCUGUUUUUCCUUCUUUUCCCGGUUUAGUUUUAUCACAUUUUUCGUUGAGUGGACCUUAUGUCUCCUCCAGACUAACUUAAGAUAAGCACUGAACCAUGCCUGUAACUUAAGAUUGACUAGAUAGAUCUAAGGCUCCAAAGCAUAAAGUGUAAAAGUGAUGGGUUGAGAUAAGCUUAAUUAUGGAUAGCCUGGAACAAUCAUAUGACUUACACGUAGAUGUCUACAACUUCACACUGAAGAUGCAUUAGCACAAUGGGUCACCAAGGAGUUCUUGUGACAAGCAAUUUUCUGCAUAUCCGAAAUUGAAACUAUUGUUAUAUUUUCACAUUCUACAGAGCUCAUACGACAGCUUUGCUCUUUGCAGGUUAGCAUAAUUAGAAACUAAGAAGAUUACAUCAGAAUUAGUAAAGAGGCAGCAUGUUUGGCAGAGAAUUUCAGUGACAACCAUUUGUUCAAAUUGAAAUAAAAAGAGACUAGCUAGGGGGACCAAGUGAUUUUGUAUUAAGAAGGAAAUAGUCACCCAAUCUUUUUGUGAAGUGGACUCAAAUUUGGGUGGUGGAUAGUCAGCAUAUAUUGUGCACACCUACACCUCCGACUAACUGAGCAAAUCUUGAUUCCUGGAAAUCAUUAGUUCCUCCACCAUGAUAUUUGCUUCUCAUCAAAGCAACCACAACCGAUAAGUUCAUGUUCUUUUUUUUUAAUGAAACAGGAGGGUUUCCCCCUACUGGUUAUAUAUUAAUAUUAAAAAAGGGUGAAGAUACAAAUAAAAUGAAGCACAAAAGAAAAACAGAGAGUCCACAUGUCUAAUUUCUAUGCUGCAAAAAUCAUGCUACUUCUCAUUAUCAACAAAUCCAUAUUUAGAAAAAGGUACUUCCUUCAAAUUAUUUUAUGGAGUGCCCUGUUUAUGUUAACCAUAUUACUUAAUCAGUCCUUUCUAUACUACACUGAUCAGCGAGGUGUCAGCACAUAGUUGACUUGGCUACCAGCUAAGCUUGUGGAUGUUGGCACCAUAUGAAAGAAACAUACAGCUUUGUGGAGGAAGCAACACUCAUAGUUUAUAUAAUGCUUCAUAGAUAACAUGUGUAACUUAUUUUUUUUGUAUGCCUAAAUUGCUUUUUAUCGACUAACCACUCAUUCAAGGGGUGCUUUACCCAGUAGGAUUGCUGUUGAUGGCCCAUGCAGUUCUAAGCUGACAAAUCAUCCUCCAAAUUGCAAGAUUGCUAUGGUUCACACUAAGUGGUGGGGAUCAAAACAGAGCAACUAGGAAUAAACAUAUAAUUUGUGAGUGCGCAAGGAAUAUUUAGCUGCUCCAUUUCCUUUACAUUUAAGCUUAGAUGAUUCCUUUUCCAUAUUUUUUAGUAUUAGGUGCUGUCCUUAUCUUUCUUGUAGAUAGAUGUUAAGUUAUGUCACUGUUGGCUGUGUAUUUUAUCCUAAGUUGUCAUGUUUUCUCCUUGGAUCUGUUAAUGCCUAAAUAGUGUAGUUUACACAUGAGUCAAGAUAAUUGAAAUGAUUAGCUCAUCCAGCAUGUUCUUUUCCUGCAGUUAGGAGUUGUCUUUAUAUAAAAUGAAGAAGAAUUGCACUGAGUUUGUGGCAUUCCUUACUUAGUUCCUGUGAAGUCAUGAAUCCACUAAUAGAGGUCAAAUAGCUGAUUACAGCCAUAAUUUUCGCAGCCACACAUGAUGACCCUAUAGCUGGCUAGAAGCCCACAAUAUUUUACAGCCAACUAGCAUAACCUUAGAGAUAGUUUGAAGACGAUGAAACAGAUACAGCUACAGAUAGUGGUUAGUAUAUAUAUAUUUAUCUUAUUCGAGUCGCCAUGCAUCUUUCCUUGAACCAGACAAAUGCGAGUUCCAUUUUAUGCAAUUCUUAUAUCUUUCCUUGAACCAGACAAAUGCGAGUUCUGUUUUAUUAUGCAACUCUUAUAUCCGCGCUUUUGCAUAUGUACUUCUUAUACAGAAUUAUCAGGCAGACAAGAGAUGGUGCUGCGUGUGGCCCUCUGAUUCCCAGAGAAACCCACUGAGAUGCAGCCCACUUGCCACAAGCAAAGAAGCUUCCAAUUGCCUUCCCACCUUUACCAAAUGCUUUUUGUCUCAAUUGGUUGGCAGAGAUGAAAGGGGCAAGGGUGAAAGAGGUAGCGUAGCGUAUCGUACCAAAUAAAAGAAUUCAGUAACCAUAUUAUUGCAGUCUUUAUGGAGCCUAUAAAUACUUCAGCACAAACCAAGCUUAUGAUUCUACCUGAGGCAGACAAGAGAGAGAGAGAGCACACCUACGCAAGAGACAGAGCUACAGAGUUACACUUGCAGGAUUCUGAAAAAAGCUGGGUUUGUGCCCAAGAAGGACAUGGAGUACCCAAGAAGGACACUACUGCACACUCCAUUCUCUGGGCAUCCCUCUGGUUCGAGCCAGCCAGUUGAUGGAGCCACCGCCACAGAUGGUGGCUCUCCUGGAAGCAACUUCGACGCAAACGUCGUCAUGAUCCUGGCUGUUCUUCUCUGUGCACUGAUCUGUGCGCUCGGGCUCAACUCAAUAGUCCGGUGUGCGCUGCGGUGCUCGAGCCGAGCGGUUGUUGAUCCCGUGCCGAACCCGGUGGCACGUUUGGCUCAGAGCGGGCUGAAGAGGAAGGCCAUCCGAGCCAUGCCGAUCGUGGUCUACUCGGCGGGGCUGAAGCUCAAUGCUGCCAACCCGAUGUGCGCGAUCUGCCUCUCUGACUUUGAGGCUGGAGAGCAUGUCAGGGUCCUCCCCAAGUGCAACCAUGGGUUCCAUGUCAGGUGCAUCGACCGAUGGCUCUUGGCGCGGUCGACGUGCCCGACAUGCCGGCAAUCCCUGUUUGGAGCGCCGCCGAAGGCCUCUGGCUGCUCUGAGUCGAGCCGGGUCGAGCCUGUGCCUGCCCACUCUGUCCUCGUGCCACUCAGACCUGAAGGUUUGGCCACUCCAUAUGAUUUUUAGUUUCUUCAGUUGCUUCUUUGUUGUUUCAUGAUGGACAAGAGGGUGAGGAAAAGUAGGAACAAAAAAUUGUGAUCGUUAGGAUACUGCCAAUCUGGCUUGUACAUUGUUGCUGAAAAAAAAAAGAAUUGUACAGGUUUCCUCAGUUUUCUAUUUGCUUUGUUGGUGCCAAUUGUAGCUGGAGAAUGUGCCAUGGAAAAUGCCAGGUGCUCUGGGCCUUUUGUGAAUCACAAUUCAAUGUGAAUUUUCAAAA